GCCAUAAUAACAAAUAAAAUUGGGCUACGCAUUAACGAUCCCUACCUUCCAAAUCCCCAAUUCCCAAAUUUCCGAUUUGAUUCUGAAAUCACUCUCACAAUUGAUCGGUUAAGCUAUUUCCAAACCUGAUUACCGAUAGAAACAACACUCGAUCUUCAUUUUCCGCUUUUUUUUCCUUUUUGAAUGAUGUAGAGAUUUACUCAAUUUCGCCAAAUCUCUCCUACUUUUCUUCUCCUUUUUUGUGGGGGGAGGUUGUGACUCCUGAUUUGAUUGCUUUGUCAGCUUGGAUGAUGUGAACGCGAUAUUUGGUAGAGUGGAUCAAGCGGCCUGAUUGAAGAAGAUAUGGCGUGGUUCAGUGGGAAAGUUUCGUUGGGGAACUUAGAUUUUGCCGGGGCUGUGAAUAAGCUGAGCGAAAGUGUGAAGAACAUCGAGAAGAACUUCGAUAGUGCGCUUGGACUCGAGGAGAAAUCGGAUGCUGAUGCUGCAGCUGCAGCUGCAGCUGCUUCUAGUGACAGUGAGGCAUCAGGACUAUGGCCUUUAGCUACUGACAGGAAGGCGUUAUUCGAACCUAUUAUUGGGUUGAUGGGUCAGAGAGGUGACGAAGAUACUGUCGAGUCGUCAGACAUGUCCGAAGCUUUAGAUCCUACAUCCUCUAUCAAGGAAAAACAAGUUGAGGAUGACAACUCAGUUAAUCAAGUGAGUGAAGUAAUUACUGGAGGAGAAGAAGUAAAAGAAGAAUUGAGAAAUGCAGAAGUAGAAACAGGACCUGAAGAGGAAAUAAAGGAUACCAGUGGUGAGGCAAAAGAGAAUACUGCUUCUGACCACAGUGAAGAUGAAGUGGUUUCACCUCCGAUUCUUGUUGAAGCUUCUGAACAAAAAUCUGAAGAUGAGCAUACAGAAUCUACAAGCAAACUUCAAGAGGAGGAGAGGUUAGAAGUACUUCCUACAUCGUCAGAGACUCUGCAACCUGGAUCCACUGACAAUCUUCAGGAGGAAAAGGGGUCAGAAGACAUAUCUUCUACAUUGUCGGAGUCACUACAACCAGAAUCUGUAAGUCCUGGAGAUACUGUAGGAGCUAGUGCUUCUCUUUCUACUAAUGAUGCUACUAGUUUGUCUAAGAGCAUAGAUGAUGAGAAUGCCAAAAGUCAAGAUGUUGAAGAUGUUUUUCCAGCCCAAACACUUGAUGGUUCUCCUCAAGGCCCAGAUGAAAGCAGAGAAACACAUGUCACAGAUGUUCCUGUUAGCACCAUAGAAGCAGAAGAUAGUUCUAAUGACAAUCUUCCUGGUUUACAACAUAGUGAGGUGGAGGCUUCAAAAGCAGCCUCAGAUUUGGUCACACCUCUCAAUGAUGUAAUCUCUGAUUCAGUUGAGCUAAAGCAGGUCAUGGAAAAAGAUACUGAUGUAAAGGAACGGAUGAGUUCUGCAAGCAACUCAUCUAAUAUUGCAGAUUCUGUGGCUGAACAUGAUAAAGUGAUGAAGGAAAUGAAAAUGAUGGAAGCUGCAUUGCAUGGAGCUGCUAGACAAGCUCAGGCCAAGGCUGAUGAAAUUGCAAGGUUGAUGAAUGAAAACGAGCAGCUUAAAACUGUAAUUGAUGAAUUGAAGAGAAAAACAAAUGAAGCUGAAAUUGAAUCUCUACGAGAGGAGUAUCAUCAAAGGGUAGCAGUACUUGAGAGAAAGGUUUAUGCUCUCACUAGGGAAAGGGAUACACUGCGCAGAGAACAAAAUAAGAAAAGUGAUGCUGCAGCUCUUCUGAAAGAAAAGGAUGAAAUAAUCAACCAAGUGAUGGCCGAAGGUGAACAGCUCUCAAAAAAGCAAGCUGCUCAGGAAGGUCAUAUCAGAAAGUUGAGGGCACAGAUCAGAGAGCUUGAGGAAGAGAAGAAAGGAUUCCUUACGAAGAUACAGGUUGAAGAGAAUACAAUAGAGAGCUUGAAAAGAGACAAGGCAGAAACUGAAAAUUUGCUUCAAGAAACUGUAGAAAAGCAUCAAGCUGAACUUGCAGCUCAAAAAGACUACUACACUAAUGCUCUUGCUGCAGCAAAAGAAGCUGUAACAUUAGCAGAGGCACGUGCAAAUACUGAAGCGAGAACUGAACUAGAAAGUCGUCUAAGAGAGGCUGAGGAGCGUGAAAGUAUGUUAGUUCAAACUCUUGAAGGAUUAAGGCAAACACUGACCAGAACGGAGCAGCAGGCAGUUUUUAGAGAAGAUAUGCUUCGUAAGGAUAUUGAAGAUCUUCAAAAGCGAUAUCAAGCUAGUGAGCGUAGGUGCGAGGAGUUAAUAACUCAAGUUCCCGACUCUACCAGACCUCUUUUAAGGCAGAUUGAAGCAAUGCAGGAAACAGCCGCCAGAAGGGCUGAAGCAUGGGCUGCUGUAGAGAGAUCUCUAAACUCACGACUUCAGGAAGCAGAGGCAAAUGCUGCUGCUGCAGAGGAAAAGGAGCGUUCUAUCAGUGAACGUUUAACUCAAACUUUAUCUCGAAUAAACGUACUUGAAGCUCAGAUAUCAUGCCUUAGAGCUGAGCAGACACAGCUGACAAGAUCUCUUGAAAAGGAGAGACAUAAAGCAGCUGAACAUAGGCAGGAAUAUCUUGCUUUAAAGGAGGAAGCUGACACCAAUGAAAGUCGUGCGAAUCAGCUCGAAGAAGAACUGAAAGAACUGAGGAGAAAACAUAAGGAGGAGUUGCAUGAUGCACUGAUGCAUCAAGAGCUUCUUCAACAGGAACUGGACCGGGAAAAAACUGCUCGUUUGGAUCAGGAAAGGGCUGCCCGAGUUCAGUCUUCUACUGUACCUGAUCAAGUUCCCAUAGCUAGGCAGAAGUCAGCUGCAUUUGAUAGUGCAGGUAACUUGACUCGUAAGAUUUCGAGUGCAAGCAGCUUGAGCAGUAUGGAAGAAAGUUUUUUCUUGCAGACAACUUUGGGCUCAUCAGAGACCUUUUCUGAAAAUAGAAGUGUUGGGGAUGGUGCGGUGAGUCCAUAUUAUAUGAAGAGUGUGACAUCUAACACAUUUGAAGCUGCCCUUCGUCAAAAGGAGGGAGAACUUGCAUCUUAUUCUUCAAGAUUGGCUUCUCUGGAAUCCAUUCGUGACUCACUUGCAGAAGAAUUAGUCAAACUGACAGCAGAGUGUGAAAAGUUACGGACAGAAGCUGCUACACUACCAGGAAUUCGAGCAGAAUUAGAAGCACUUAGAAGGAGACACUCAGCUGCACUGGAGUUGAUGGGAGAACGUGAUGAAGAGUUGGAAGAACUCCGUGCCGAUAUUGUUGAUCUAAAGGAGAUGUACAGAGAGCAAGUGAACAUGCUAGUGAAUAAGAUUCACAUACUAAGUUCAUCAAUGGCUGCUCCAUGAUAGCGAUAUUGAUUUCAGGACUUGCAUUUUGUUGCAUUUUCACGAAAAAUUACUGUAUACGGCUUUGGUUUUUUGACUUCUAACUAAGCCCCAAGUUAAUUCGAUUAUAGAAUGUAAAAUGCUUUUAAAAAUUGUUUAUUCAUCGAAUUUUUUUAUGGCAAUUAUGUAGACUAGGUUUAAUUGUGUUGAAACAUCAUGGAUCAAAACAAUGAUCUUGUUUUCUAUGUUGGCGUUUCUUGAGAUGGACAUGAUGGACCAUUUAUUGGAAAAAUAUGCUUGUGUUGUUUA